GUGUGAGAAGGAUGAGUUGAUGAUGAUGAUUGUGAAUUGUGAUCCACUGAUACAUAAACCAUAAUCGAACUCCACAGAUUCAUAUAGAAGUUCAAGAAACGAUCGAAAUGGCCGAGAUUGCUUCACCAGCAGCCAUCAACGCCCUCAAGCAUUUGAUCCUUACGCCCGUUCCUAAAACCACGGCGCUUCUGCAACUUCCGUCGUCAAUUCGCCGUUCUCGCCGCUUCGACUGCCUCAAACCCUACGCAACACACUUCGCUGGAUUCUCCCUCGACUCUGGCACAAGGAAGAACAAAACGAAGGGGAACAUUUUCAAGCACAGUAGAAAGACUGUCUCUGCCUUAAUUUCUGAGGAAAACGCUGUUUCAUCGAGUUCUUCUGCUAAUGAUGUGUUCAAGCUUACUUAUUUGGAGGGCAACAGCUGGCUUUGGGAGGUGGGUGGAGUGAAAAUUCUGGUUGAUCCAAUUCUUGUAGGUAAUUUGGAUUUUGGUAUCCCUUGGCUGUAUGAUGCAUCCAAGAAAUAUUUGCAGAAUUUUCAGCUUAAUGAUCUUCCGGAUGUUGAUGUUUUGUUGAUCACACAAAGCCUUGACGAUCAUUGCCAUAUGAAGACUUUGAAACCGCUCUCACAAAAAUCUCCCAAUCUUCGAGUUUUGGCAACUCCAAAUGCCAAGACACUGCUCGAUCCCCUUUUCACCAAUAUCACAUAUCUGGAACCCGGUCAGAGCUCAGAAAUUACCGGAAGUGAUGGCUCUAAGGUUAAAGUAAAGGCAACUCCAGGACCCGUCCUUGGUCCUCCUUGGCAAAGACCAGAAAACGGGUACAUUGUAGUUUCCCCGGAUGGAAAAUCAUCUCUUUACUACGAACCACAUUGCGUUUAUGACGAGAAUUUGUUAAAGAAUGAACGAGCCGACAUUGUGAUCACACCGGUCAUAAAGCUGUUCCUGCCUUAUUUUAAAUUAGUUUCUGGACAGGAAGAUGCAGUUCAACUUGCAAAAAUCCUUCAAGCAAAGGUUGUUGUGCCUAUGCAAAAUGGUGAUCUCGAUAACAAAGGACCCCUUGCAAGCCUAGUGAAACCUGAAGGAACAAUGAACACAUUCAAGGAGAUUUUGGCAAAGGAACUGCCAGAAGUGAAGGUUCUAGAACCUACUCCUGGAAUUCCUCUUGAUAUAUUGGCAUGAUAAAAAAAGCUUCCAUAAACCAUAAUGUAAGUAAGCUUCAAACAUAAAUUAAAAUUAGUUGUAACUAUGUAAUUACAUCAUUAUUGAUAUGUUGAAGUAAUAUUAACUUCAAACAUAAUAAUAAUAUUGAACAUAUCAAUGUUACUAUAUUAAUUGUUGUUGGAGAUAUU